CCACAUGUUGACCUUCACCUUAAAAUUCACUUUCUUCUCCUCCACCCUCCAUAUCCCCUUCCAAUGCUGCCUUGGCUACUUCCACUGUAGGCUACUAGCUCCAUCCUCCAACUGCAGUUUCUUUCUCUUUAUAUUAUACAUAUAUGUAUAUAAUAUUCGCUUGAGACAAACAAAAGUUGAAAAUGUUAGCCAAGGACAAGGAAUCGAGUGGUGGAGGCUCCACCUUCGAUCUUCCCGAGGAGGUCUUGCAAGUUUUACCGUCCGAUCCUUUCGAGCAGCUCGAUGUGGCCCGCAAAAUCACAUCCAUUGCUCUCUCCACUCGAGUCUCCGCACUCGAAUCUGAGUCAUCUUCUCUCAUCGGCAGACUCGCUGACAAGGAACGUGUAAUCGCCGAACUGCAAGCGCAAAUCGAGAAUCUCGACGCCUCUCUCUCCGACGCCUGCUCUAAGCUUGCUCGGGCCGAACAGGAAAAGGAGAGCUUGUUGAAAGAUAACGCGUCGCUUUCUGCUACUGUGAAGAAGCUACAAAGAGAUGUCGCCAAGUUGGAGGUCUUCAAAAAGACUCUCAUGCAGUCGCUUCAAGAAGAUGAAGAAAGUUCUGCAGGGGCCACACAGAUUAUCGCUAAACCAACACCUAGUGAUGAUGAUGUUUCAUUGCCACCUUCAAGAUAUUCUUCAAUUCGGAAUCAGGUGUCAGAUAUAGGAAAUGCAUUUCCAGAGGAUCGUGAGACUGAUGCCUCAAGGCGAGGGUUUUCACAUGGUCCCAUGUUAGUAUCACAAACAAGCACUCCUCGGCUCACACCUCCUGGUUCUCCUCCAAGUCUAUCAGCUUCUGUGUCUCCAACGAGGACAUCCAAACCACCUUCACCAAGACGGCAUUCAAUUUCAUUUUCUACCUCAAGAGGCAUGUUUGAUGAUAGGUCUUCUGCAUUUUCUUCUGCACAAUCCAGCCAACCCGGUUCAAUAUCUAGUUCGGAUGCAGGAUCUUAUGCUGGACGAACUCGAGUUGAUGGAAAAGAAUUCUUCCGCCAAGUCAGGAGCCGCUUGUCGUAUGAGCAGUUUGGUGCAUUUUUAGCAAAUGUUAAGGAAUUGAAUGCACACAAGCAGUCAAGAGAAGAGACUCUUCGGAAGGCUGAGGAGAUUUUUGGCCCAGAUAAUAAGGACCUCUAUACAAUUUUCGAGGGCUUAAUCACGCGGAAUGUCCAUUAAAAUGCUGAGCUAGGACUUGCAAUGCUGUUUGUAAGACUGGAUUUGCCAAAUUGAAAUUCAUUUCACAUUUUUUUCUGGGUGUAAAUUUUCAAUCCAGUUGGGCUGAUACUUCGGAACAACUGUUGUAUUUUGUAUCAUAUUGAGUUGGGAAUAAAAGUGUAAGCAGAGUUGUAUGAGAGAGCAGCGGGGUGAAAUUUCUUGAUGGGAAUGUUUGGAUGGUGUUUAAGCAACAGAAAUCAUUUAUGUUCA